ACGAGUUCCACGAAACGCGGUGUACAAUUUCAAAACAAAAAUUCGAUUUAUUAACUGUGCUACUGCUUUUGAAUAAUCGCGAAGGAAUCUUAAAAAUGCAUUCGUUUUUACAAUACGCACUAACUGUGGCAUUACUCUGCCUUUGCAGCAGUAGCGUUAUGGCACAAAAUAAUACACAAAUUUCGUGUCAAAAUGCCACCAGCUUAACUAGCCUUAACAGCUCAUUUGUUGGCGAAUGGUACGAGGCGAGCCGCAGUCCAGCAAGCAAUUCGAGUUGUGUCGGUCUCAACAUCUUUACAAAUACCUCCGGCUUAUACCUCAAUCUAACCGUAUCGGCUAGUAAUACAUUGCUUUACGAAAAUACCACCGUUAGCUACAGUUUGGCAAAUUCAACAGUAGUCUCAUCGAAUGAAACUUCACCAGCUGGCGGUUAUGUCUUUGUACCCACCGCCAAUGUGAAUGUUACAAUAAAAGUCUUGAUGACUGACAAUACCAAUUAUGCGCUCGUUUGCGGCUACUACAAUAACACAGGUAGUACAUUUGGUGCCAUCCUUACACGCCAACGUCCAGUUUCGAAUGCGACUCUAACGUCCUACGUCACUAUGGGCAAUGCCUCCUAUGCAGACUUCGCUAAUAUGACUGCCGUUGUGCAGAACAGCACUUGCUAUCUAGCAAGCUCAGCUGCCUCACAUGUUUCGAUGCUGUCUUUGAUUGUUGCAACUAUUUAUGCUAUGCUCAAACUUAUUAAUUAAAAGCAGAAAAAACACAGCAAACUAGUUUAUGAGUUUAUUUAUUAGAACUUUGAAAUUCCAGUUUAACACAAGCUCCUGUAUAUAUAUUUUUAUUUUUGUUUCUUUAUUUCUGUAAAUUAAUUAAAAAAGUUUAGUUUAUAUAUUACAUAAUUAACGGUCCAAAACAUUGGCUUAAAUGAACAAAUAAAACAUCAAUAGAAGGAGUCCUUAAGUGACUUGU